UGUUAUCACGCAAAAUUCUGCUACAUAAGAUGGUUAAAGUUCAUGCAAAAGUCAUACAGCCUAUCAUUUUUAAAUUUUCUAUUUAUAUGAGAUGAAGAAGUGGAGAAGAUAUUUUAGUGGUGAUUUUAGCCUUUUGAGCGGCGUUGAAGGUUUAGUUGGGACUUGGAAGUGAUGAGUCAUGCAGACUAGGGCACGUGUCAGUUCCUUAAGCGUGGCAUGCCACGUACAUAUAUGAUAUACCUCCUGCCUCCUCCUCUUCACUUCCACUCUCACUCUCCACUCAUAGCCUCUCAUGCCUGAUACUACUCCUCCUCCCUGCUCUUCUUCCAACUCCGCUGAAUCUCACGCCUCCAAGUCCGCCAAAGAUGCCCGCCGCCGAAGACGCGAACUCCGCCGCAUUCGGUCACUACCUCUAUCCACUUCCGCCGCAGCUGUGGAGGGUGAUACACCGCCGAGUUUGAGGCGCAAAACUUCCUACGGCAAGAUAUCCGUGGUCGGGCGGCGUAGGGAGAUGCACGACGACGUGGCGGUGGAAUUAGGUUUUCUCAAGAGAGAUGGUCAGAGCUACGACUUCUUCGGCGUUUUCGAGGGCCACCGCGUGGGUCGCGCCUGCCGCGAGAGGCUCGUUGAGGUCGUCGAAGAGGAGACUGAUCAGAGAGAGAGAGAGUGGGAGGAGGUGAUGAGGGUGGCCUUUCAGAAGGUGGCGGCGCUGAUGGGAAUGGGGUCGGUGGCUGUCGUGGGGGAGACUGAGGUGGUGUUGGCGGGCUCCAAGGCGGUGCUGUGCCGCGGAGGGGAGGCGGUGCGGCUGUUGGAGAGCGAGGAGGAGGCGGCGGCGGCGCAAGUGAAGAUUGCCACCAGGUAUUGCUGCGGCGGCGCUCCACUUGAUGAUGGGGCGGAGAAGGCCGUGGCUGUCAUGGCGGAGAUGGCGCUGGCUCAAGGUAGCAAGCACAAUGUUAGUGUGGUUUUGGUGGAUUUGAGAAAGCCUAAUGCAAUUCAACAAUCUGGUUUAUGUGACCCCUAAUUU